AUGGUUGACCUCGAAGCUGAAGUCGAGUUGAGAUACGCAGCGCUUGCUGACCAGCCGCCCCACACCGCUACCCAGGUGGCUAUCAUCAAGAAGUGCCUCAAAUUAUUCCUUGCCACGUUUGUCUACUUUGACUACGAUACAACCCGCUCCUUGCUUCGCGGAGAGUAUAAGCAGCACAACCCCGAAGUGGGCGACGGGCCCGAGUCGAUCAUUGAAUUCAGCCAAUUGGCGAACAAAAAGAUCCAAGACUUGACAGGACACACGGCUGAGAGGCCCGACAUCAGAUUCAAGCGGAUCCUUAUUGAUGGAGACUACGUGGUUCUUCAGAGUCAUGUUGUACGGUGGAAGGGCGAUCUUGGCUUGAAUGUCUUCGAUAUGCUGAGAUACAAGGAUGGAGAGUUUGUGGAGCACUGGGACUCAAUUUCGCAAGUCCCCGGUCAGUCGAAGAACGAUAACGGGAUCUUUUAG